CCUGAGCUCCCUGCCAAGCUCCAGAGAGCCAGUCCGGAAUGAUCCCACUAUGGCCAAGCUCUGGUUCAAAUUCCAGCGGUACUUCCGCCGGAAACCUGUGCGCUUCUUUACCUUCCUGGCACUCUACCUGACGGCCGGGAGCCUCGUCUUCCUUCACUCUGGCUUCGUGGGCCAGCCCGCCGUCUCCCAGAACCAGGCCAACCCCGCUGCAGGGGGCCCUGCCGAGGGCGCCGAGCUGCCCUUCUUGGGCGACUUGCAUCUGGGCAGAGGCUUCCGGGACACGGGCGAAGCCUCAAGCAUUGCCCGCAGGUACGGACCCUGGUUCAAGGGCAAGGAUGGCGAGAGAGCCAAGCCGGGCGACUACGGUGGAGCCUGGAGCCGAGCCCUCAAAGGGAGGGUCGUCCGGGAGAAGGAGGAGGAGAGAGCCAAGUACAUCGGCUGCUACCUGGAUGACACCCAGAGUCGGGCCCUUCGAGGCGUGUCCUUUUUUGACUACAAAAAGAUGACCGUCUUCCGUUGCCAGGACAACUGUGCUGAACGGGGUUACCUGUAUGCCGGGCUGGAGUUCGGCGCUGAGUGCUACUGCGGCCACAAGAUCCAGGCGGCAAACGUGAGCGAAGCAGAGUGCGACAUGGAGUGCAAGGGCGAGCGGGGCAGCGUGUGCGGCGGUGCCAACCGCCUGUCUGUCUACCGGCUACAGCUGGCAAGGAGACAAGCCUCUGACUAUGGAAGUGCAGUAUUCCGAGGCUGUUUCCACAGGCCUGACAACCUCUCCCUGGCCUUGCCCGUGACAGCCGCCAUGCCGAACAUGUCUGUGGACAAGUGCGUGGACCUCUGCACAGAGAAGGAGUACCCACUGGCAGCUCUCGCGGGCACCGCCUGCCACUGUGGAUUUCCCACCACCCGAUUCCCACUCCAUGAGAGAGAGGAUGAGCAGCUCUGCGCCCAGAAGUGCAGUGCGGAGGAGUUUGAGAGCUGCGGGACUCCCAGUUACUUCAUCGUGUAUCAGACGCAGGUCCAAGACAACCGCUGCAUGGACAGAAGGUUCCUGCCAGCCAAAUCCAAGCAGCUCAUUGCUCUGGCCAGCUUCCCGGGCGCCGGCAACACAUGGGCUCGCCACCUCAUCGAGCUGGCCACCGGCUUCUACACUGGCAGCUACUACUUCGAUGGCUCCCUCUACAACAAAGGGUUUAAAGGCGAGCGGGACCACUGGCGCAGCGGGAGGACCAUCUGCAUCAAGACACACGAGAGCGGCCAGAAGGAGAUCGAGGCCUUCGAUGCCGCCAUCCUGCUCAUACGUAACCCCUACAAGGCCCUCAUGGCGGAAUUCAACCGCAAGUAUGGUGGUCACAUCGGCUUUGCUGCCCACGCCCACUGGAAGGGCAAAGAGUGGCCGGAGUUUGUGAGGAACUACGCCCCCUGGUGGGCCACGCACACUCUCGACUGGCUCAAGUUCGGCAGGAAGGUGCUGGUGGUGCACUUUGAGGACCUGAAGCAGGACCUUUUUGUCCAGCUGGGCCGCAUGGUGAGCCUGCUGGGCGUGGCGGUCAGGGAGGACCGGCUGCUGUGCGUGGAGAGCCAGAAGGACGGCAACUUCAAGCGCUCAGGGCUCCGCAAGCUCGAGUACGACCCCUACACGGCGGACAUGCAGAAGACCAUCUCUGCCUACAUCAAGAUGGUGGACGCAGCCCUCAGAGGCAGGAACCUCACAGGCGUUCCCGACGACUACUACCCGAGAUGAUGCACCAGCACAGCGCGGGGGUGGGCUGGGAGUCCUGACCAAGCAGGCCCUGGGGACUCAAGACCCCUGGUGACCCCCACCGAUCUGUCCUUUCUUUGGUUUGGGGACAGUCCCCUUGGCUCUGUUGGCCUUCAGUGAGUUUCCUGCAUGACAAAGGAGGCUCAAGUCCAGAGAUUGUGCAGGCACUCCCCCCACUACUCAUAUGUCCCCCUUCCCACUUGGAGAUGUUUGGGGCAACUGAUUUGGGGGACACUUUUCUGUCCCCUGUGCCCCUACCCCAGCACAUUGGGCUCCGUUUGUGGGAGGGAGGGCUCAUCGGUGUCACAGACAGGCUGCAUGACCCCUGCAGCUGGUGAGGACCUUGAUGCGCAAGGGGCUCUUGUAGAAACGUGUCCCCAGACACUCAUUCCUUCCCUUCUCCACCCGGGAAGUGCUGGCACAGAUGUUUAUCUCAGGCCACCUUCUGAGGCGAAGAAAGAUUGCUGGGAAGUUUCUCCGUGGCCUUAGGUGUCUGACAUUCUGGGUGGGGUGGGGAGGCAUAGUGCUCACAGCAGAUUAAU